AUGAUUGUCUAAUCUUACAACUUUUCACUUAAAUAUGAUAUUAUAAUGGCUACAGCAGGUAAGCUUAUUGGAGAUACUACUUCUUUGAUUGGAUUUACUUCAAUAGGGAGUAUUUUACUAUUUUAGAAUAAUACAUCUAAUUUCUUAAAUAUGAAAAGAGAAUUUAAAUCAUUAGAUGUGAUUAAUUAAUGUCUUGUUAUGGCAAGUGAAAAUACUUUAACUGUUUAUGAUGUUGAAAAUAAUUUUGAUUAAUGUUUUGUAGAAGUGAAUGAUGGUAUAAAUACUUUGGCAAUUGGAUAAUAUUAUAAUGGCAAAUAAAUUUAAGAAUUAAUUUUUGUAGGUGGUAAUUGCAGUAUAUAAGGAUUUAAUAUUUAAGGAGAGGAAAUAUAUUGGAAUGUAGCAAGUGAUGAAGUUGUUUCUUUAUGUGUUUUUGGUUUUGAUAAUGAAUAUUAUAUUGCUGUUGGUACUGCAGAUAAUUGUGUUAGACUUUUAAAAGGAGAAGAGAUUGUAUUUUAAUUUAAUACUUAAUCUUUACCAUUAUCUUUUGCUGGAAUUAUUUAUUUUGAUUAAACUUAUCUUAUAACUGGAAUGGAAAAUGGAUCUAUAAAAUUACAUAGAUAACAAUUGGAAUUGUGGCACAAUAAUGAAGAUUAAGAAAAGAUAUUUAAACUUAUUUGUAAUGAUGAAAAUCAUCUUAUUGUUGGUAGAAGAAAUGGAUAAAUAGAAUUAAGAUCAUUGAAGAAUGGUUAAUUAAUAUAAAAGGUAAAUUCAGAUGAAUAAUUAAGUGGAUUACUUUAUUCUGAUCUAAGAGGAGUUGGAGUUAAUCAAAUUAUAUCAAUAUCUAAAUCUGGUAAUGUAAAAGGAUAUACUAUUGUUGAUAAAGAUACAGAUAAUAUGAAUUUAUCUUAAAGUAGUAUUCUAACUGAAUUAACUUAAAAAAAAUAAGAAUUACUUUAAUAAAUGUAAUUAGAUAAAAUGCCUACUGGAUUAGAUAUACGAUGUGGAUUCUAAAAAAAUAUAGCUAAUUAAUGUUUAAAUUUAGUUUUCAUUCUAUCAGAACCUGGUUAUUAUAUAACUUAAGCUAUUAUAUUUCAUGACACAUAUUAUAAAGAAGGAUACAUAGUUAAUAAUCCUCAACCUUCAGAUAAAUUAUUUGCACCUCUUAAAUAAUUGGUUGAUAAUUAGAAAGUGAUGUUAAAUUGUAAAGUUUUUGUUUCAUCAAAUCCUCAUGGAAAUUACUUUUUAAUAUUGGAAACAUCACCUACUUUUCCUAAAUUUGCUAACUUUUAAUAUGUUGAUUAAGAUCUUAAAAUAUAAUCAUUUAUUGAAGCUAAAAUUAAUGAAAGAGUUCCUAGAUAUGUUAAAUGGAUAGAUUAAUGUUUCAAUAUUAAUGAGGAUAUCAAAAAAAAAUUUGAAUCUACAAAUGAAUUUGUAUUCAAUACUAUUAAUAUUGUUAAUCAAUAAAAAUUAUAGAUUCAUGUAAAUUUAGAUAAUCAAUAUAAUAGUUUGAUUCUAAGGAAGGAAAAGUAAUUAUUCGUUGUGAUUCCAUUGCUACUUGUGGCGAUAUUAUUUAAGAUCUUUGUGAUUUCAUUUAAAUUUAAGAUUUAAUGACAGUUGGAUAAUUUCCUGGAGAAAUGUAAGAGUUUAAAAAAGUACUAGAAGCUGUACAAUAACAUAAAUCUUCAAAAUUAUAAAUUUCAGGUGAUGUUGCUGAAGCUAUGAAUCUUGUUAAAUCUUAUAUUGUUAAAGCUGAAGAUUCUAGAAUGAUUGGAGAUAUUAAAACUAUGUAAAAAAUGUAUGCAAAUGUAAUGGUUCAAAAUAAAGCUAUAUAAAGUGAACUUUAUAAAAAGAAAUAAAAUAAUGAUAUCUUAAUGAAUAACUUAAAAGAAGUUAAUGCUAUGAUCAGUAAAGCAAGUUAAUUGAGAGUUGGAAAUGCUAAAAUUGCCAUCACCAAUAUGUGUAGAAAUGCUGUUAAAAAGAAUAAUUUAUUAACAUUAAUUGAAGUUAUUUAAUAAGGAAGAGAAAUUUGA